AUGUACUGGUUCGUAGGCGAAAGUUGGAGCCGAUGGAUUUUCAAUGUACUGCAUAAAAUCCUUGGAAUUUCGACCCUGCUUGGCGGAUCUAUAUCGGCGUUGUAUGGCUGUCACUUGCUGUCUGUGCAUCUUGAGCCGCUGAUAGUCUGGUUUUUCCUUCUUCCAUGUGCUGCAGUGCUGGCAGAGAUAUUUAGAUAUGCAAAGUUUCAAGAAAAUGCUAUUGGAUCAGCCCCCAUUGAAGUACAAGAAACAACGUCUACCAAUCAAUUGGCUGUAAAAGUCAUAACUUGGUUGACAGUGAUAGUGUCCGUCAUUGCGAUGUUUGUUGCCUGUUAUCUGGCAGUUCUUUUUGUCAAAUCAGUAUCGGAGAAAGCCACUGGAAAAUAUCAUUGAAAAGGCUCGGUACUAAGCAAAAAAAAACUGGAAAACACGAUACAAUCUUAAUCACCAUGUUACAAACAAUUGUUUUUGGGGAAAGUGGGUAAAUAU